CGUAGAACGCCUGACUCGACGCAGCCGUUGCUCGACUGUUGGGUUGUAAAAAAAAAACCAAAAAACAAACAUCGAUUUCUGAGUCUUACUGGAAAUAAACAUCAGGAGAAAAUAGUGUUUGUAAGCUGAAUUCCCUUUUUAUGCGUCUAGUGAGUUCGGAGAAGAGUCGUUUCUGUCGGUAAAAUGGGAAACUGCCACACCGUGGGACCGAACGAGGCCCUUGUGGUUUCAGGUGGCUGCUGUGGCUCAGAUGAGAAAACAUAUGUGGUGGGAGGCUGGGCCUGGGCCUGGUGGCUCAUCUCUGACAUCCAGAGAAUGUCUCUGGAGGUUAUGACCAUCCUCUGUCGCUGUGAGAAUAUCGAAACCUCGGAGGGUGUUCCCCUGGAUGUGACAGGGGUGGCUCAGGUGAAGGUGAUGACAGAAAACGAGCUGCUGGGAUACGCCUGUGAACAGUUCCUGGGGAAGUCUGUGGUCGAGAUCAAGAGUGUGAUCCUGCAGACCCUGGAGGGUCACCUGCGUGCCAUCCUUGGCACCCUGACUGUUGAACAGAUCUACCAGGACAGAGACAGAUUUGCUGCUCUGGUGCGAGAGGUGGCCUCUCCCGAUGUCGGCCGCAUGGGCAUCGAGAUCCUCAGCUUCACCAUCAAGGAUGUGUACGAUAAAGUGGAGUACCUGAGCUCUCUGGGAAAAACUCAGACGGCUGCCGUGCAGAGGGAUGCAGACAUCGGAGUGGCAGAGGCAGAGAGAGACGCUGGCAUCAGGGAAGCUGAGUGCAAGAGGGAAAUGAUGGACGUGAAGUUCUUAGCCGACACAAAAAUGGCCGACUCCAAGCGAGAGCUGGAGAUGCAGAAGGCUUCCUUCAAUCAGGAAGUGAACACAAAGAAAGCAGAGGCUCAGCUGGCGUACGAGCUGCAGGCGGCCAAAGAGCAGCAGAAGAUCCGUCUGGAGGAGAUCGAGAUCGAGGUGGUGCAGAGGAAGAAGCAGAUCUCAAUCGAAGAGAAGGAGAUCGAUCGUACUGACAAGGAGCUCAUCGCCACCGUGAAGAGACCCGCCGAGGCUGAAGCCUACAAGAUGCAGCAGCUGGCAGAGGGACAGAAGACAAAGACGGUGCUGACGGCUCAGGCAGAGGCGGAGAAGAUCCGUUUUAUCGGUGAGGCCGAGGCCUCCGCCAUCGAAGCGGUGGGGAAGGCAGAGGCUGAGAAGAUGAGGCUGAAGGCCGAAGCUUACCAGCAGUACGGAGACGCUGCCAAGACGGCUCUGGUCCUGGAGGCUCUCCCCAAGAUUGCCGGUAAGAUCGCUGCUCCGCUGGCAAAGGUCAAUGAGAUCGUCAUCCUGAGCGGAGAAGGCAGCCGUGUGACUGGAGAGGUGAACCGUCUGUUAGCCGAGCUCCCCGUGUCCGUCAACGCCCUCACCGGGAUGGACCUGACGAAGAUCCCUCUGCUGCAGAAGAUGAUCAGCCCUCAGUGCUAAACCGCCAUGUGAAGGACACGCUCCACGGACUCGUGACUCUGAACCCACCGAUAUUUAUCUGCCUCAAGCAUGAUGAUUUUCAGCCUCUGACCCCUUAUGCAAACUGCCUUCGACCACGAACACUUGACGCCACUUGAUGUUUUUAAGAGUUUUUCUGAAUCGUGGGCCUUAACUCUGAAGGACCCGACGCUCUCUUUAGUUCUUUAGUUUGUAGACUUUUUGAGUUUGUGUAACCCAAAACAGAGUAUUUGAGUUCAGGGACUACAGCUGGGGCUCUGCCCACUUUUAGCCUGAUCGUGUUUAAGAUCAUUUAUACCGCCUUCAGUCGUGGGGGAAUCAAGGAAUGAUUGACCUUUGACCUGCUUCAGCGUCAGACUAAAGCCUGCUUUAUACUUCUGCAUCCAAUCCACGCUGCCGUGAGCUCUACUCUGGCGUUGUGUCGACACGUGGUCACAUGUUUGAGGAGGUGCACGCCAGUUUGAGAGCAACGCCAACGGUGCAGGUUCGCUGCGGAAGUAUAAAUCAAGCUCAAAGUUUGCAGGUCACCUCUUCCUCCUCAGGUGUUGCAUAUGUUCCCAAUGAGAGCAGACUGAAGUGCCCCGCCUCCUCCUUACAAUCCAGUCUAUCAUCCAUCAUUCAGAGCGCCGUCAGUGAAGUAGCGUGCAGCAGUCUGAGCGCGGUGCGGCAGCUUUUAUUUCCUCUUUGCUUUUAAAACUCUUUUUCCUUUUUUUUAGGUUAGUUGAAAAUAACUCAGAGAACUUGUUACCAAAACUGUCUCACUUACUGCUCAGCAGAGCGCCACUCACUGUGAUCCUUAGCAUGUUCCAGGAGCAGGCGCACGCUAGCUGUUACCUCACCGUUUGUCGUCUUGUCGCCCGUCUCGUCGCCUGGUGUGCAGUGCCUGUUCAACACUCAAGUGCCCAAUCCUUCAGGACAGGGGUUUGGCUUCAGAUGGAUUCUUGUCCGAGUAUAUCUCAAUGUGUAGAUAUCAUCCCUGAACUCUAACAUCCGCUUUUACUAACAAUCGUGUAGAAUGCUAGCUCGUUAUAAAGAAGCCAUAAUUAGACAUGAUUAGCCUUAAACACUCUCUGGACGCCUGAUUCUGUAUUAUUCAUGUAGCGCCGCGUCAGAGCUUUAACUCGUUCACCACUUCUUCCUCCCUUUAUGUUGUUCAAGCUGUUCUCUUCAAACUCUUCAUAUUUGAACCUGAGUAACCCUGCAGCCCUGCAGGUUGAAAGAAGCCACUCGUUGACCCCGAUGUGUGACGUCAGAGCCAGUACUUUGAAUGUUUGUGACCCGUUGAAACGUGAACACGUGAUCGGGUCGUAGACGCUGCCGUCACAUCGUGAUUCUGUUUCGUUUGGUUCAUGUCGUGUGGAGCCGUUUGAAUAACCUGCUGACGCAACACGUGAUGAUCUCUUCGCUUCACAUUCGGUCAGUUUAUUUACUUAAAGGGGCCAAUCAGUAAACGUUUGAAGCCAAUCCAGAAUCCUUUUUAUUUCAGUCCUUAAAUCAACUCUGGAUCACAAUCAGCUUUGCUCUCAAUGGGACUACAUACUUCGUCCACAGGGGGCGCCAAAUCCUCACAGCUGCUUUUAGAGAAAUACUUUGUUUGAUAUCAAAAGCUUUUAGGGGGGGGGGAUAUUUUAUGGGGAAAAAUCAAAUCCUAAAAUCUUUUUAAUCAUCUCCUGUCACUAAAGCAAAGAAAAUAUUUCUACUCUAAUUAUGUUGAUUGUUUAAAAAAAUAAGUAUUUUGUUUUGUUUGGCUCGUUUAAAGUUUGUGACUCUGUAAUCCAGACUGACUCUGUCCCUCUGCUGGGAUCAGGAUCACAGUUACCUGACAGGAUCCGGUUUAGUUUUCUUGUCUUUCCGCCUCUAGAGGGCAGCGGCACGGUUUGUGUCUUCAGAUGAGUCUUUAUGUUGCUGCCUGGUGAACAUUUCACCUCCACCUGGUCCCAAGUGGACCUUUUAUAGACCACUUUCUUCACCGGAAAUAUAUAUAUAUAUAUAUAUAUAUUUUUUUUUUUUUUCUUUUUUACUGCUGACAAAGGAAGUUAAAAUCGACCACUCUUUUCUUUCUGUGAAUAAACAGCUUCUGGUUUCCUUUAAGUGAACCUUCAAACU